GUGGAGAAGAGAAAAAUGAACAAUCAAGAUGUGAGCAUUUUGAAUGUGGGAGGAGUGAAAUUCACAACAUGGCGUUCUACGCUACAGCAAUUCCCUGAAUCUAGAUUGGCAAGGAUGUUGGGUGGCAAUGACUUAGAAUGUAGGUUGGUGAAUGGCCAGUUCUUUAUAGACCGUGAUGGAGUUCUGUUCAGCUAUAUUCUGGACUUCUUAAGAACACGGCAGCUUUCUCUGCCCAGUGACUUCUCAGACUACCAGAGGCUGCAGAGAGAGGCUGAUUUCUAUGAAAUUUCCUCUCUGGCUGACCUUCUGAGUCGAGAAAGUUUGUUGAAACCAAAGCUAGAGAUCUUGGAAAUACGAUUCUUGCUCCAAGAAAGUCAAGCUUUUUUCCGGGUGUUUGGCUCUUGUAGCAUCACUGUUGGUGAACUGGCUGGACGAAUCACUGUAUUUUCAGAAAAGCUUGUUGGAACAACUUGGAAAAGCCAUAAUGACCCUUCACAGAAGUCGCUGAUUCCCCUUUCUUUGGAGAGGCCUUCCCAUCAUGAUGUCAUUUUCCAGUGUGGCACUGACUACAGUGAUCAGUUUAUAGCAAGAUAUGUUUCUAUAAAACCUGAUCAGAGGAAAUUGAUUAAUGGAACAAAUGUGCUUGGCCUGCUGGUUGACUUAUUACUCAAAGAAGGAUUUCGUUUAAUAAGCACUAGGACCGUCUCCGCUGAAGAAAAAAUUGAAUGUUAUAGUUUUGAAAGAAAAAGGCAGCCAGACACCUUUUCCAUUAGUAUGUGCCAAACACAACAAGGCACCACUAUAUCACAAACACAGCCAAUCCAAGUGCAUAAACAGAAAUGAAUAAUGAAGAUUUUUUUUAAGCCGAGUGUGAAAUUAACAAGGCUAAGAAUGAGUACAAUAGCAGGACACAUAUUUUUGCUGUCAAUAUGCCAUAUUUGUUGGAUUUCUGAUACUGGAUAUUUGAAUGGUAAAUAUGGAAGUUUGUCUAAAUUACUUCAUUAACUUACAAUAACCCAAGUUUUUCACAUCCAAUGAAAAAAUAGUUUUCUAUCUACUAUAUUUAUUUGCUUUUACCACAUGCUACUAUUGCAAGGAAAAUCCAGUGAGAGAACAAGGGCAUCAUGGUCUGAAUGGUUGACCUGAAAUAAGUGCACCAAGACAUUUCAUUUGCACUUUCCAUAUUUAGCAACCAUCUUGUAUCACAGCAUUACAGUAAUCAGGAUUAUACUUCAUGUGAAUUUUCUGGUUAGGAAAGGAACUGAAAUCUGUAAUCUUUGAUUUCUGAAUGGAGAUCCCCACACCCCCUAAGCCUGCAUGUUGUCCUAAAUACAGGUAGGCAGCCAUGUUGGUCUGGCGUAGUUGAAACAAAAAAAAAAAAAUCCUUCCAGUAGCAGCUUCGAUACCAAGUAAGUUUGUCAUUGGUAUGAGCUUUUGUGUGCAUGCACACUUCUUCAGAUACACUGAAACAGAAGUCUCCAGACCCUUAUGUAUAAAGAGGGUGUGUGGGGGUAUUACUCAGAAGGGUGGUGGGAAUGGGUGAUAGACUGAUAGGUGUGGAAACUCGUUGAUGACUGUUAAUGACUGCAAUUGGUCUUACAGGGAAAAUCAAGGGGUGAGAUGGCUAAAGAAAGCUUUAUCAUGUAUAAUGAGAUAAGAAUCCAAUGUCUUUAUUCAGACCAGGUCUUUCCAUGGUUUUAAGUUUGGUAAUGAGUUGCAGUUCAGCAACUUCUGUUAUUAUUAUUAUCUCAUUCUGUUGUUAUUAUUAUCUCAUUAUAAAGCCAUCUCACCCCUUGCUUUUUCCUGUAGGACCAAUUGCCGUCGUUAACAGUCAUCAACGAAUUUCCACACCUAUCAGUCUAUCACCCAUUCCCACCUGGGACACUGGAUAUAUACCUUGCCUUAGUGCAGGAUUAGGCAGGCAGGCAGGGGAGCCAACUUGAAUAAAAUAUUGGGGUUGGGGGAGGUAAGCCCUGCCCCACCCCACAUAAUCACAUGACAUGGUGCACACACACCAUUUGAAUGGCAAUCCCCCCUCAAAUAUUUUAUUGGGGUGGAGGAAGAAGGAACCUCAGCCCUAGGAGAUGGCUCCUACCAGUAUGCAGGCAGACGUAGGUAGCCCAUUUUGUCCUUUCCAACAGGAAAGGAAGAAGGACCUAAGUGUUGGCACUGUCAACUCCAGGCUGCCCAUUUGUGUUUUGUCCCAAACCAAGGCCGCCCUUCUGUGUAGGAGAGAUAACAGGAUGAUGCUACAAGGAAGAAAGAAACAGAUUAAAGUGUGAAGGACUCGUAUAGGUAUGAUACAACGUGUUUGUAAAGUACGGGGGGGGGGGAGCACAACUUCUUCAUAAGUGUACUGUAGUAGAAAUAUUUUUCCUAAGCAUCCUUAUGACUGAAAGGAAACACCAAAAGCUCUUGAGCUAGAAGGAUGCAAUAAUGCAGGGCUUCUGGGAGACAAAAGACCGCUGUCUCCCAGUAUUAUGGAGAGGGGUGUAAACUGUACUUUUAAAACAAAGUUUGGUGACCAAAUCAAACACACAUUGGGUAGGAGACAAAGACCUCCUCAGCUUUUGAUCUAUAAAGCCUUCAAUGGCUCAGGACCGCAAUACUUGAAGGACCACCUCUCUUCAUAUAAACCGUCCUGGACUCCAUGUUCAUCAUCUGAGGCCGUUCUCCAUGUGCAGCCCAAAGGGUGGCAACAUGAGAACGGGGCCUUCUCUGUAGUGGCUCCCUGUUUGUAGAAUGCUCUCACUAGGGAGGUUUGCCUGAUGCCUUCAUUAUAUAUUUUAGGCGCCAGGCAAAAACUUUCCUCUUCAACCAGGCCUUUGGCUGAUUAAUAUUCUACAGUCUUUUAAAUGUGUCUGUGGGAAGGGGGGUUAUUGUUUUGCUGUUUUGUUUUUAAUUAUUUACUUGUUUUUAUCCUGUUUUUUAUUCUAUGAACUGCCCUGAGAUCUUAUG